AUGGAAGCUGAGAAUCUGGCCAGGUUGAGGGAGUCUCAAACACCAUUGUUAGGCGGAGAGAACCCAGAGUUGCAUCCUUCAGAUUUUUCGGGUGUCACCCUUAAGAAAAAGGAUAUUCAGACUCCAAAUCCAUUGUUAGGUGGAGAGAACCCAGAGUUCCAUCCUUCAGAUUUUUCGGGUGUCACCCUUAAGAACAAGGAUAUUCAGACUCCAAAUCCAAUGCUGACUCCUUCUGCAACUCCUGGAGGUGCAGUUCUCACUUCUAGAAUUGGCAUGACACCAGCAAGAGAUGGAAGCCUUCCACAGCCCAAAAAUGAGUACCAAAUAGUGAUGGAACCAGUUCCAGAAGACGUCGAAGAGCCUGAGGAGAAAAUUGAAGAGGAUAUGUAUGAUAGAAUAGCAAGCUGA